AUGUCAACAGUGAAGCAGCGAGAAGAAGUUGAAGAAAUGCAACAACUACAGCGAAUGAGGCUUCUCCAGGAAGAACAAGCACGAUUGAGACAAAUUCAAAAUGAGCAAGAACACCUGGCAGCUGCAGAGAAAGAAUUCCUCAGACAACGGAAUGAAAAGUUGGCUGAAGAACUAGGCGUGGGUGGAGCUGUUUCUGCAGAACAAACUGCAGAAGAACAAAGAUUGGCACGGGAAGAAGAAGAAUUUCUUGAAAUGGAGAAGAUGGUUGCUUCAGAAUUUGAAAAAGAGUUCUUGAAACGGGAAGAGCAACGUUUGGUUCGAAACUUGAAAAUUGAAGAAGAAGCUGCAAAAGCAAGAGAGGCACCAUGUCAACCAGCAGCCGCAGAAGCAGCAGCAGCAACACCACCACCACCACCACCACCACCUCCUCCUCCAGAACCUGAGGGAGCAGAGGGCGGUGAGCCACCUGAAGGAGCAGAGGGAGGUGCCCCAGCGGCCCCAGCAUCUCCACCUGCACCAGCCGCACCAGCCUCAGGAGCCCGACCAAAGACCAGGGCGCAAACAUGUUCAAGGCUUCGUACACCUUUACCAUCAUUGAGGGCAGUUCAGGAGGUCUUGGAGUCCUUUCAGACCGAAACCUCCCCUUGUCCAAUGAGGCGUGCAGGUUUUAUGCCAAGAUACCGACCGGCUCCAACCCACACCCAGAUGGGACCUCUUCGAAGGAGCUAUCAGCCCAUGUCUUCAACAUCACAGACAUGCCCAAUGAGUGGUGGGCAGGCUCCUCCAUCAAAGUUUCACCCACCUUCAUUAUCACAGACAUGCCCAAUGAGUGGUGGGCAGGCUCCUCCAUCAAGGCUACGCCCACCUUCUAUGAAUAUGGGCCAAUCAAUGCUCAAUGAGAGCAUGAUAAGACCAAGAGGGAGAGGUGCCAUGGGGCAACCUGAUUUUAUGCAGCCACAGUUUGGAAUGCCCCCAUCUGGCAGUCGUGCAGCAAGUAGGCGACCAGCUGGAUCGAAAGUUUGCAAGAUGCCUGCAAAACGAAGAACCUAAUCAUGUUCUAGAAAACAGACAAAAAAUAAGUUGAAUGGACAGCACUUAGGUAUGGUGAAUGACUCACUUACCCAUUCCGGACUCUGUCAAUUUGUGGAACACCUGUGUACAGCAUCUGCCUUGUGCAGUAAUGUUAGCGAAUGGCAGCGAUCUAAACCCCUCUGUGGAAUAUGAUUCUGUUCCAUUCGGCUUAUUGAAGGUUCUUCGGCCUAAGAAAUCUCUUGACAAACAGCAAGCAUCCAAUGUUUAUUUUGUAGAUGUCGUUGGGUAAGCAUCAAAUGCGAAGGGCUGUCACAGAUCAACGUUGAGUCAAUAAAACAAUG